UGUGACAGGAUAGGAUGGGAUAUGAUAGGACAGGGUGAGAUGGAAUAGGAUGGAUGGGGUGGGGUUGAAUGGAUCAGUCCAGCACUGCUUCAUCAGGGCUCAACAGGGUCAGUGUCCUGGUGGCCACAUGUUCCAGCACUGCCGCAGGUCUGGAAUCCAUUUGCCUCGCCGGCCAUGGUGUUUUCCCAGCAGGGCUGAAGCAAUCCCGUGGGGCCGGGGGCAGCCCUGGCCCCUGCCCCAUCUGCUCCCUGUUUAUUUUCUUACACUUAAGUAUCACCUCAAAGAUAAACACUCCCUGGUGUGGGGGGCAGGGGGCAUUUCCCUGGCAGCAGAAGCAGGACCCAGCCCUCAGUGCCCAGCACCCUGAUCCCACAGUGUCCACUAAGAAAGGGAUGCCUGGUUGGACUAGGGUCAGGGCUGCAACCCCAUGCUCAGGCCAUGUCCCUUCCAUGCUCUAUCUCCCAUGCAGGGUCCUGUGAAUGCCUGACCCACUCCCUGGGGUCAGUUACCUUGGCUGGAUCAGCUGGGAUAGCUGGAAUGCCAAACCCCACAAUCCUGGCACCCACUCAAGCUGGUAGAAAUUUUGUUAUGCCACAGCCUCAACUGCACCUCGUGCUGCCCAGCUGAGUCAGAGCCCAGGCCACAGUGCUGGGGGAGCUGGGGGGGGCCCAGGCACAGGGCCUCACGUCCUGUACCAGACGCCUGCCAGGCAGCACAGGAAAACCCGGCUGCUGCCGCGCGUCCUCCUGCCCCACAGCCACAGCAUCCACAGGCAGCUGGACAGGCAGCGAGCAGGCAGUGUUCCCUGCUUCCCAUGGCUCCUGCUGUUCUCCCAGUCAGGGAUGGCAGCUCCUGUCCAUCCAUCCUUCUGUGUGCAGUAUCUGGCAAGGUCACACCUACACACGUCUGUGCCAAUGCGGGGAUGUCACUGCAGCGGGAUGUGGUGGCAUUUGGGGUUUACAUGGCACCCACUGGCACACAUCCACAUCCAUGUGCAACUGCACAAACUCAUGCACACACCCUCCUACUCACAUACAUCCCUGUGCACACACACACGGAUAUACACAUCCAUGCAUGCUUGCAUGUACAGAUAUGUGCAGCUGCACACCCACACACACAUUCAUGAGUGCACACAUGUGCUGCCCCCACCCCACACUGAGCCAUCUCCUGCCUGCUGCUCCUUCUCUGCCUGUGCCCUGCCAUGUUCCAGACCCCACAGGCCACCAGCACCCCACAUGUGGCCAUGCCCUGCAGAAAAGCCCCGGGGCAGCUUGGCUGGAUGUGGGGAGUGGGUGACCCCCCCAGCCUGUCCCCGUCAGCUGGUGGCCAUGUGUGAGAUGUGCAGCUGAGUACACAGCUCUUGCCAUCCAUCUUGUCAUCUGUCAGGGCCAGAGGCUGCUGUGGACCCCCAGACAUGGCUCAGCAAGACUCUGGGGUGAGAGGAGGGCAGAGUGGGGAUGCCCCUCUCUGUACAGGCACCUGCCUUCUCCCUGCCUGCUUCCUGCCUGUCAUGCCAAGGCCCUGCCCAUCCCCAGCUUUGCCCCUGGCACUGCCUGCACAUACCCUUUUGUGGGGGUCUGCACCUGGGCAGGGGCUACAGAAGAAGGCUGGAGUCCCUCAUGGGAACUGAUGCACAGUGAGAGCUGUCAGUGUCACACAGUGCACGUCCCUGCCCAUCCUCAUCCCCAGGAGGAUCCCUGUCUUCUUGCUCAGCCCUGCAUGUCCCCAGCCCCUGGUGUGGCCCUGCAUGUCCCCUGCCCCAGCAAGACCACCAGCCCCCAGCCCAUCUCUCUGCCCCCCACCGUGUGAUUUACAGGCUCUGCACAGGCAGACAAAUGGUGAAGGAAAACAGGGCAGGGGGUCCCGCCAGCCGGGGGCUGCCUGUGCCCUGCGGGGGGCAGAGGGGCCGUUUGCUCACAGCCAGCAGGACGGGAGGCAGUGAAGUGGUGCUGGUGCCAGGCAGCACAGCUGCCCCUGUCAUGGUCCAGAAGCCACAAGCCCUAAAAGCACAAGGAAAGCCCAUGGGAGGACCCAGACCCAGCUACCACAAGCUGCAGUCCUGCAACCAUAGGCUUUUGGCCAUGGGGCAUUGAGGAACAUGAUGCCACCCCAUUCCAUGGCCCCCAGGGCACCCCACUGACCACCUCGCUGGGGUGUUUGUGAUAUACCAGCUGCAUUCCAUGGCCACAGUCUCAGCCCUGGCAAGCCUCCAAGAUUUCCCCCAGCAUCCCUCUCUGGCUGUGGAGCUGAUGGACAGUGGGGACUGCAGCUGGCACUGCCACGUCUCCCAGCCACAUCCCAAGCAGCCCUGGGGCCAUCUGCCAGGAGCCAGGUCCUGCCCUCCACGUUUUUGCUGCUUGAUCUGGAGCAUCGUGGAGGAGGAGGAAAGGGAGGAAGGCAGGCAGGAAGCCUCCCACCUGCUUGGCUCAGCUGGCUACCCCCCUGCCUGCUCCUUGGAGCGUUGGGCUCAGGGCUGGGGGGUUGAAGGCAGAGUGGGACCUGCAUAGACCUCUCUGGUGAGGAUGACCAGGGCCAUAGUCUAUGAUAUUGAGUGCCAAGGAAUGACAAGGAGCAAGGGUCAGGCUGGGGGGCGCCUCCAGCCCUUCCCAGGACACCGGUGAUUCCUGCUGCUGCCAGCUCAUUGCUCCCCUCUCAGGAAAAGACAACAUGUUUCCACUGCCGGCACACACCUUCCUCCUGGGCGGGAGGAAAUGCUCCUGGCAGUGCUGCCUCUCCAUGUCCCCCUGUCCCUUCCCAUGAUGGGCAGGCACGGUGCCAGGCCCUGGGAACAGAGGAGCGAGGAGCGCAUCCCUGCAGGGCUGCCUGCCCUUGCUGAUCCCUGCUUGCCCCGGGCAUCCUCCUGGGCACAGACCCUGUCCCAGUGAGGCAUGGCAGGGUGUGGGCAGCAGCGUGUCCCCCACUGGCAUCCCUCUGAUAAGCACCCCAGGCACUGCACCGGUGCCACCCACUCCUGGUUGCCUUCACCAUCCCAGCUCCUGAGCCCCAUGUUCAUCUCAUGCCACCCUGUGGGGGACCCAGAGCUGGCAAGCGACAGCAAGGCAGGGGCUGGGGACAUGCAGCCUGUGGGCUGACGGUGCGUGACACCACUCUGCAGGUGCCAGAGGCCAUGGCACAGGCAGCACUUGUUGGACAGUGGCGCUGGCACCGCCACGGUUCUGUUACCACCGUGGGCAUGACCUGGGGUCAAGGUGCCCGCAGCCAGGAUGGAGCCAGGCCAGUGGCCAGAGGCAACGCUGGCUCUCAGGGCCGGGGUGAGGACGCUGGCCGCCGGCCGCUGGCCGGAGCUCGGGGGGCCGGCUGGGGGUGGGCUCCGGAGCCAGCCCCUCCCCGGCCGUAUAAAUCCCGAUUCCCCCUGCAGACGGUCGUCCCAGCCCUGCUCAGCUGCCGCGGCGGAGCAGCAGCGGGAAGGCGUCCGGAGCCGCCGUCGCAGCUGUGCCGGCGGGGGAAGGCUCCCCGCAGCCCGGGGGGUCCCCCCAGCAGGGCCGGGGGUGCGGGCGGGCACCCCACCAUGGCCUUCACCAUGCUGCGCCCCGUGGCUGCCCGCGUGCUCUACCCCGACCUCAGCAUGCUCUCGGAGGACGAGGAGAACCGGAGCGAGAGCGACACGUCGGACCAGUCGUUCGGCUGCUGCGAGGGCGCCGAGGCUCGCCGCAAGCUGCCGCGGAAGCCGGGGCCGAUGGUGAUGGUGAAGCAGAGGCAAGCGGCGAACGCACGGGAGCGGGACCGGACCCAGAGCGUCAACACGGCCUUCACCGCCCUGCGGACCCUCAUCCCCACCGAGCCGGUGGAUCGGAAGCUGUCCAAGAUAGAGACCCUCCGCCUGGCCUCCAGCUACAUCUCCCACCUAGCCAACGUGCUGCUGCUGGGCGAGGGCUGCGAGGACGGGCAGCCCUGCUUCAGUGCCAUCUAUGGCGCCAAGGGCGACCUGGACAGCAAACAGCCCCGCAGCAUCUGCACCUUCUGCCUCAGCAACCAGCGGAAAGGGGGCAGUCGGAGGGACCUCGGGGGCAACUGCCUGAAGGUGCGAGGGGUCGCACCCCUGCGAGUGUCGCGGAGAUGAGCCGGGGUCCGGCAGCACCCACCUGAGACAGCGGCAGAGGCAGAUGGAGCCCGCACACGCCAGCCCAGAGACCGCAGUGGGGAGGGAGGGAGCUGCUCACCCGAGGUGGCAGCGGCCGAGCCCAGGCUGGCACCGCACCAACACUGGCCCUGGAGCUGGCAGUGGGGCAGGAGGAUGCUCCUGUGGCCGAGGCUGCCCAUGCAGGGCAGGGCCAGGGAGGGGGUCCCCGCGGCCCAGGGCUGGACUGGAAGGGGCCUGUGUGCAGCCAGCGUCGAGGCACUCCGGGGGGACAGUGUCAUGGCCCUGGGGAUGCUGGUUGUGCACGUGCAGCCGCUUGGAAAAUAAAACCUUAUUUUUCUGA